UAGUCAAUGCUAAGAAAUUAUUACUUGAUGCACAUUGAUGCAUUAAAAAAACGUAAAAUUUUUAUAAAUUUUAUGGUUCACAAGAUGAAAAUGUAGUCUGUGUUUAGUAAUAUACUGUUUUAACGUUUCAAUCAACUCUUUUAUUUGGAUAAGUUGCAUUCACAGUAAUCAAUUAUUUUUAUUCCAUGACUUCUUCACCUUAUAACACGUUAGCAGAAAAUGACAGUAUUAGAAGCUGAAGAAGACACUGAUGAACGAACUGCACCUCCGAGGAAAAAGUUUUGUUUGUCCCUAUCAGGACGCAGUCGUUCUGUAUUAGGAAAAACUAAUUCUGAGCCCCCUCGUGCCACUGUCGGAGGGGGCGUCUUGGAUCGACAAUCCAUUUCGUUCGGUACGAGCAAAAUGUUGAAUGGCUGCAGAAAUCAAUCGAGUAGUCAUCCAACAACUAAUUACGAUAUAAUGGGUCCUGGUUCCGAUGGUUUAAGGAUAGCAACAUUAUGCAAUUUGGGGAAUACCUGUUUUUUAAAUAGCGUUCUUUAUACUUUACGUUUUACUCCUUCAUUUUUGCAUAAUUUGCAUCAUCUUGCAAUUGAUUUAUCGAGUCUAAAUGACAAACAUCUACAAACAAAGAUGAAAUCAUCAUCGUUGGGAAGAACUGGAGUUUCCUUAUCGGCAAGUGGAAAUCGUAGUAUGAGCAGCAAGGAUUUAUUAGCGCUGGCAGGCCCAACUCAUGAAUAUAAUAAACCAAGAAUUCAAGUGGCCACGGAAAAAUUACACGAACUUUUCAUAGCACUACGAGAAUUGGAAGUAAAAGAAAAUAAUGAACCUUUUCAACCUGGCGCUUUUUUACAAGCAUUAAGGGAAGUGAAUACAAUUUUUGAAGGUAAUCAACAGCAAGAUGCACACGAACUUUUGGUAUGUUUACUAGACAAUAUAAGAGAGACAUUUCAAUUGUUAGUUAGACAUCGUGAAAGUCAAUUUGGACAGACAAAUGGUGCAGAUUUUUCCAUUGAACGUGCAAUUGAUUCACAAUCCGAUAGUAUAACAUCGAGUAAACGUCGAACAAAAUCAUGGAAAAAGGUAUUACAAAAAGGCAGUACAAUUGGUGUAAUACAAAAUUUAAAUGGAAUUCAAUCCCCUUCUGUUUCGUCAUCGUCAUCAUCGAAACCAGCGGAAAAUGGUUAUUCUGAAUUUACGGAGACUAAUGGCGAUUUAAAUUCUCAACAGCACAUUAAACACGAGAGUAGAAAAUGUUUUAUUUCGGAGGAUUUUGAAGGCGUGAGUUUACUUCGAACAACAUGCCUCGAGUGCGAGCAAGUCACUGAGAGAAAGGAAAUAUUCUGCGAUAUUUGUGUACCUAUUGAUAUCGAUCGUUCCAAUGAUGACGACGAUGACAAAAAGAAGGAUAAAAUUAGUAGCAGUGAGGUUUAUAGAAGAGCGGUUGUAACCAGUGAGUUACUUUGCGAGAGAGAUAAAUAUUGGUGUGAACAUUGUCUUCGACUUAAUGAAGCUCGACGGGCUGUUUGCUUUCCUUCUCUACCUCGGCUUUUGAUAUUGCAACUAAAGAGAUUUUCUACAGCAGCUGGAUCAAUGGAAAAGAUCAACAAUUAUAUGCCAACGCCAUUGGAUCUUGAAUGUUUUUGCGAGGAGUGCUAUAGUGAACAAUCGUCACAAAGAAGUGGCACUGGUGGCACAAUUCAUAGUGAAUCGCGUCAUUUAUAUCAACUUUAUUCAGUGAUAAUGCAUCAGGGUGCAACAAUGACUGCCGGUCAUUAUGUUGCAUAUUCACGUUUACCUGAUGAAUCACAAGAAUAUUGUCGUUGUAAUCGCGAUGUUAAACGGCCAAAUCAACAAUCGCAACACAGUACGAGCAAUUCAAAAAAUCAAUCACUUAUUUCCAAAUAUUUUAGUAGAAGUAAACCGAACAUUAAUGAAAGUAAAGAGACAUCAUCAAUGAAGGGAGGUUGUCGUAGUGCAGAAUGUUGUGGUAUUCGACAUAAUGGUAAAUCCCUUGGACCUGGUAUGUGGUUGGAAUGUGACGAUGAAACAGUGCGCGUUAUUCAAGUGCAAGAGCUACAGGAUAAACUUGCACACAAUCCACGAAAUUCAGCCACACCCUAUCUUCUCUUCUAUGUGAAAACCACAACGACGUAAGCAUUCCAAACGUCUAAAAAAACAAAAUUUGUAAUUUCUCCCAUUUUAUCAAAACAAAUUUUAAAUAGCUUUUCUUUUUGUCGAGCUUGAUUAUCAAAGAAUUUUCAAAAUCGAUUUUUAUUUUUACAUUAAAAAAAUAUAUAUCUAUUUAUUGACGUAAUUGUUAUCACUGUUUUCAGUUAUCAAUUAUUUAUUUAUUAUUUAUUAAUUAUUAUCAAUUUAUGAUGAUGAUUUUUAUUUAAUAUUCUAAUUUAUUUUUUUUUAAUUUCAAAGAUAUUCAAAGCUCGAUGAAUUUUAUAUAAAGAAACAAAAAAAAAAAUAUCUCUUAUAUGUGUCACAGAGAUCAAUGUUGUAAAAUUAGUUUGAUUGUCAAAUUUCCAGUAUGGGAUUAUUACGGCAUGAAUUGUUAAAAUGCAAUUUAAAAAGAAACAUUUCUGUCGCUAUAAUUUUUGUCCCAAUUUUAAAAAAUUGUAGAAAUAAACAAUUUAAAUGUUGCUCCAAAUA